AUGGACAAAAUUGUUAUCACAAAAGACACAAAGGUGCCUAAUGCUGCCAUGUUUACAGUGAACAAAGAAGACCACACACUGGGAAAUCUUUUAAGAAGUCAGCUGCUAAAAGAUCCACAAGUCUUAUUCGCUGGUUACAAAGUACCACAUCCGUUAGAGUUUAAAUUUGUUUUACGAGUACAGACUACACCAGAUUACAGUCCACAAGAGGCAUUUACUAACGCUAUUACAGAUCUCAUCAGUGAAGUGUCGCUUUUAGAAGAAAGAUUUAAGGUUGCUGUCAGAGAGAAAAAAGAAGGGCUGGAAUAAACAUUACUUUUAACUUCAAGACAGUGUGUGAAUUUCCUACAAAAACAUGUAUAUAGGACAUCCCGUAGUCAGUUUGACAAAGUUGAAAACUUGACGGGGUGAUAGAAUGGAUUCUGCACAUGAGCUUACCAAUGUAUGUGCAUUUUAACGAUACAACACUGAAUUCUACACAUUGACAGUACGACUGGCAUUGUAUUGUUUAGUACCAACUCCUAUUGAUGUGUUAGCAAGCUUGUGUCUAUCUAACACCCCCUUGCCAUUCAUUUCUGUGAUCUGCCUUCGCCAACAACUGUGGUAUCUACUGAUGAACAUUGCUGAUAGUGUGUGUACGAGUGUUGAAAACUUUGGUUUUUCAUUGGUAUUACCACCAGUGGUACCCUCUAUAGAAUUAAUGUUGUAGAGCUUCAGAGUCAAAAUGGAAUAACCCCAAAUAAUGUUGAGUCAGCUUGUUCGGCCUUCUAAAAAAAAUAAUAAAAUUGUAUGUACCAGUAGCUGCAUAGGUGACUUAAGGCACAGACGAAAAUGUUGUGGAAUCUAAUUUCAUUAAUUUCUACUUAUUUGUUUAUAAACAACUUUUUCAACUUGCAAACAAUAUCAUUGUACGAUUUCUGCUGCAUCGAUGACACACCAGUGGAUUCGCAUAACUAACCACAGCAAAUCUUUGUGUCAUUUGCCUGUCAUAUCAGCAUAGAGGUGCACACUGAUCACCAAACUGUGUGUGAUUAAAUUUAGCAGAUAGGAUGUUCCAGAUAUAUUCUCUAGGUUUUACUAUCACUGAUUUUAAAAAGAAUUCAAUUGUUAACUUUGCUUAUUCA